UUAGAUAAUAUUAAAUCGUCAAAUUAGAUUAUUUUUGUGCAAGUAUUUUUGCUAUGUCGUCCAAUUUUCUAUAAAGAAUCGUUUACAUGUUGGCACUACUGUUGAUCGCACGUAUUUUACUUAGAAUGUACAUCAUUUAUUCCUGGUCCCUCUGGGCGAAUGUAAACAGAAUUUUUUCGCAAAUAUGAAGUGACACGGCCGAUCUAUGCGGCUACGAUUCGUGCAUGGAAACUGUAAUUUAUAAUAUCGUGUCGACCGUUUUAGCAUUUUAUAAGACCUCAAAUAUUAGUUUUAAACGCGUUACGGUAACCAGAAGAUAUACCUAGCGAAUAAAACGGGUUUACGUUCGACCGCCCGUAAUGUAAGUUCAGUGAAAUAGUGUGGAGACGGUUUAUAAUACAUGGAAGUGCAAUGAGGGAUCUGCAGAAAUUCGUUGACUGCUUGCUGACGUGAUGGGAGCACAAGAUGUCUUCAAACAUAGCAGAUCCCAACAAAUUUCAAGAAGAAAUGUUUUUAAAAUCAAGUUUUAAAAAUAUAUUAAGCCAUGAUGAUGUUAUUAGAUAUCCAAUUGCAAAAAGAAUGACAGAAACUCUGUGUUAUAAUUUAAAGAAAUGUGAAAAUAAUAUUACAUAUGUACCAAGAAAUAACAUUCUUUCCCAAAAGAUAGACAUUAAUUGGAUGCAAGAUAAUCCAUGUGACACAACUGAAUUUUCAGAAACUAAGUAUUCAUCUGAUAUAUGUUUAGUUAAUCAUUGUAUGUUAAGUAAGGAUGUUAAUUUUAAUUGUAAUUGUAAUAUAAUGCAUUAUCAACAACAUAAACAAAUUUCACAAAAUUAUAUGUAUUUUAUAUAUAAUUUAUGGAGAAUUAGAACAAAUAAAAGUUUGCCAUUAUUGAUUACAAACAGAGUUGGUACACAGUGGAGGAAUUGCUUCUGGAGAAUAUUUUUAAUUCCUUUUAUUAUUUUAUUAUUAUGUACAACAAUAUGUAGUGCAGAUCCUAAUCAAUGUGCAGUUGGUCUAACAACACCUGGAAGAACUUGGCCACAAGGUGAUAUUGUUCUUGAAUAUGGUCAACCUUUGAGAAUACUUUGUAUACUGGAUGAAUUUUCUGGAAAAAAUGCUUCAGAUCUUGUUUUCUUUCGUAACCAAAAAGAAAUGGAACCACAAUUUAUUAAGAUUAUAAAUGAAACUACAAUAUCAUUGGAUGUUGAAAAACCUCCACCUGCAGAAGAUAUGUAUUACUGUAGAUUAAGAUUACAAAAUAAUCGCAGUAAGCAACUAGAAGCAGUUUGUUUGAAUAAAGUUGUGGUUGGUUUUAAACCUCAAGAACCACAAAACUUUAGUUGUGUAUCUUAUAAUUGGGAAAAUAUGAUAUGCUCAUGGGAACCUGUCCAAAAUUAUGUUACAACAACACAUACACUUGUAUUUAAAUUACCGGGAAGAGCAGGAGGUAGAAAAUUAUAUCCAUGUCCAAAACAAGAAAAAGAUGAAAAACGAAAUAUGUGUUUGUGGGAUACAUCUACUAAUCCAAUUUAUCGACAACCAUAUGAAUAUUAUACAUUUAUAUUGAAUGUAAAUAAUGUUCUUGGAAACAGCAGUUUUACAUAUAAAUUUCAUCAUUUUGCUCAUGUUAUUCCUGCAAAACCAGCUAAUCUAUCAGUUAUUAAUAAAACAUCUGAUAGUGCAUUAUUGCACUGGAGUGUGCCUUAUCCAAUGCAAAAUUUUCCACCUGGAUUAUAUCAUAGAAUCAUGUAUCAAAAUCAAUGGGAUCAUCAAAAAGUUUGGCAGGUAAUCAAUAUUACGAAUGAUAUUCACUUGGAUAGAAGAAAUUAUAAUCUUACUGGAUUGGAAUAUGCAAACACUGCAUAUGAUGUACGAGUUUUCAUGAAAAGUGCUGUCGCGACUGGAGAAGACAAAUGGAGUAACUUUAGUGACGUUACUUUUAGGACACCACCAAGAUUACCUGGCCGUCCUCCAAAAACCGAUAUUGGAAGCUUUGAAAUAGCAGAGAACAGUGCUAGUAGGGACGUAUAUUUGUACUGGCAAGCUAUACCACAGUAUUUAGAAAAUGGUGAUUCUUUCAAGUAUGAAAUUGUUCAUGUAGAAGAAAAUGGAAGAAAAUUAUCACUUGUGCCGAAUGAAACUACGAGAACAUAUGCUAAAUUUAAAGGAAUUAAAAUACAUUCUAAUUAUAGAUUCGAAAUUGUUACAACAAACAUUGUUGGAGCGAAUAAAAAACGUGCUAAAAUUUUUGUACCUAGUCAAUACGAAAUACCACAAGAACCUGUAGCAUUUACAAAAAUUGCAUUUGAUGGAGGUCUAUAUGAAUUAUCAUGGAAACCACCUAAUAUGAAUAGAGAAAUCGUAAAUUAUACAAUUUUUUGGUGUGAUAAUGAACGCGAUCGUCCUUAUCAGUGUAAUGGUUAUCUAGAUUGGGUACAUGUAUCAAAAAAUACAACAAUUUAUAAUAUGACAGUACCAGACCCCGAUAAAGUAUAUCAAUUUGCAAUUUCUGCAAAUACGAAUAAAGGUAGCAGCGGUAUGGUAUGGGCAUCAUGUACUGUAAUACAUAACAAAGUUGUUGGAAAGAUGAAGUCUGUAUGGAUAAAUCGAAUUGGUUCGGAUUUUAUUGAAGUUGGUUGGAAAUUAGAUUGUUCGGAUCGCAUUGGAAUAGUAGAAGGAUUUAAUAUUUAUUAUUGCCCUAUUGUUUCGCCAUAUAAUCUGAAUUGUAAAGGUCCAAAACUUAAUACAACGAUAAAAGCCGAUCCUCAUACCAUUCAUGGCAUCGUGAACAAUUUAAAACCAUAUACAACAUAUAUGUUAGCUGUUGCUGUUCUAACUAAAAGUGGAGAAGGAUUGCAUAGUGAUCCUUUAUAUAAUACAACACUUGAAGCUGCACCAACAACUCCACCACAGGAUGUAAGAAUUAUUAAUGUAACAAAUACGACAAUGUACAUUACUUGGAAACCACCAGAAGCAAUGAAUGGUGUAUUGCGUUAUUAUGAGGUUUAUUAUAACGAUCAUAUGCAAAAAGUUGAAGAAGCAAAUCAUAUUGAAUUAAAAGGCCUAUUAGCACAUACGAAUUAUAGUAUUAGCAUAGCAGCAUGUACUGUGUCUUGUAGUAUAAAAUCGCCUACAAUUUCCAAGAUUACGAAAAUCGGAAUACCGGGAAUAGUGAAUAUACGUAACGUACGCUUUAUGAAUUCAAGCCAAGUGAUUGUUACUUGGAAUAAACCCGAAUAUUCUGCUGGAUAUUUGAAUUAUUAUGAAAUAUUAAGUGACGGUGAAAUACAAAAUAGUACUAGAACAGAGGCUCAGAUACCUAUUUCUGAUUGUAAAACUCUAGGACAAGAAAGAUUAUAUCAGUUUCGUGUAAGAGCUGUUAAUAUUGCAUCAGAUAAUACACAUUUAAAAGGUCCCUGGUCUGAACCUGGUGAAGGAAACUGUUAUAGUGAUGGGCCAUCAUUCAGUGUAUGGGUUAUAAUAUGGGUAAUAGGAGGUAUUAGUAUUGUAGCAUUUCUUCUUUGUCUUGCACAUGUAUCAAAAAGAAUGUGGUUGAAAUGUAAAGCUAUGCAAGAUGUCGAAGUUAAAUUACCACCAGGAUUAGCACCAAAUAUGAAACUUCUUCAAAAAGUGGGUGAACAACAUAUACGACAAUCUUCUGCUGAUUCAAGUGGUUGCUCAAGCGGACAAGAAUCUGUUACCUCUUCGCUAACAUCAGACUCUCAAGUUUCAAGUGAUAGUGGUACAGAGAUAGAUCCGAUGCCGGUAUCGCCCAAUAAAUUACUCGAAACUCUACCAGCUUGGGAAUCUUCGAGUCUUCGCCAGAGAAAUGUUGGAAUUACUAAACCAUUUACGGAAACAGCACGGUGGGAAUCAUACGUGAAAGUUACAAAAUCUGGAGAGCCUAUCAUUGGAGACACAUUAUCUUUGGCACGAUCUACACCUAAUUUAACUGAUAGUACAGGUUACACAACUUCACAACAUACUUGGUCUUCGACUGGUUACAUUAGUAUGCCAUCAUCAGAAGAAUUAUCUAGUAAUCCAAGCCCUGUUCCUAAAGAAACUUCAACUGCAGGUGGCUAUAGCAUUAUAGGAACAGUUCCUAAGUCUAUAAAAUCGAAGUCAGAAGAUGAUAGUGAUUUAACUGAAUCCACUGCAGAUACAUUAAUAUCUACCAAGCCAGAAUCUAAAUCUACAAAUCCAUACAUUACUUUGGCAUCUUUAGAACAGAAACAAAAAGAUAAAAAAAAUAUUGAUACUUUACACGAUCUAGAUGAAUUAACGUUUAUUGAAUCAAACAAAUCAAAAUUAGAAUCUUUGACUUCGUUUUCACCUUCUGACAAAGCUUCUAAACCAUAUGUGCAAACAGGUUUAAUUGAUCCAUUGAAGAAGCCAUUUUCCCUAAGCAACAUUGAUGGUACAAGAAGCACAACAAUGUCUACACCAUUCGCAGCUACAUCUUUAACUGACUCGUGCAAUAAACCAUUUGUUUCCUCUUUUGUAAGUCCAACUACUACUUUAGCAUCUACGCUCGAUACAUCAUCGAAACCUUAUGUUUCCGUAUCAUCGAUUUCUGAAGUUUCAAAGAAACCAAAUCUUCAAACAGUUACUUUAGAGUCUUCACAGAAGACCACUGUGCCUCAAACUUCAACAACUGAUGGUUCUCAACCAUAUGUUCGUGCAAGUUCUGUAUUUCAAAUGCUACAACAAAGAGGAAAAUCAGAUACUCCUAUUUCAGAAGUGAUAGAUGAAACAGAAGAAGAUGUUACAACUGUAUAUCCUCUGUGUUGGCAAACAAGUGGUACAAAGCCUAGCUCGAAGUUAGACGCAGAUAAAUCAAUUAUUACGACUAAACAGAGUACUGGAUAUGUUACCAUAGCAGAGAAUCCAAAGCUAGAUCAACAUAGAACGUCGACGUUGUCAUCAUCGUAUGUGCAACAUGAAAGGUUUGAGAAGCCACUGCCACAAAGUACUACUGGACAGUCAGAUGAACAAUACAGUAAAGUGACUGUUGUGCCAAGUACUAUUCAAUAAAAAGGAAAAGGUGCAAAUAUAUCAAUUGUGGCAGUGUA